AUGCGUCGACGCAUCGUCGACAUUGAAGAUAGAGUCGAAGGCAACUAUGAUGAGCACGUCCGCCUCCGGGAUCGGGUCGUCGCCGUCGACGACGCCACCAUGUCAGUGGAGAAGAGAGUGGAGGAACUCGAAGAUUUCCGCUUCAAGAGGCGACGCGUGAGUCGCAAUAACACUCAAGACCAACCGUCCCAGAAUGGGUAUGUCUCGUCCGACCCAGACAACUUCAGACGAGUCCCCUCCAGCGUCGACGGAGGUUCGGUGCGCACGCCUUCGUCUCGGGCAUUGUCACCCAAUGGGACUGCACCUGCUCCCGUGCCGGAGCCGGAAGAACCUCGCUCAAGCGGGAUCCUCAACCUUGUUGCUGAAAUGCCCCGUCCAGGGCCUUUCGUCAACCUGCCACAACGACUCUCACCGCCACAAGAGGAGCCGAGAUCAAGCGGCUUCUUGACAUUGGGCCUGGGCGAGCGACUCAAAGAGAAGCCCAUUUCUGAGCAGGUAGCACAGAUCUCCAUCCAUCAAGCCUCUCAAAUUACUCCGCCUCAGGAUAGGUCCAGCCCGUCCAGCUCUGCAAAGUCCAACCAGGAUGUCCCUAUCAAGACAAUCCGAACCCCUCCUGACCUCCUCCACACCAAAAUGCCACUCAUAGAUGUGAUGGUGCUCCCUGGCAAUAUCUCUCCAAGAAAGAGAAAGCAUCAUCUCGACCACAUCGCUCUGGAUGUGCUUGCCGAUGUUACUGUCGCCAGUCCGCUCAUUCACUAA